UAUCAAUCACUCGCGAGUUUGCUGGAGCGUAGGUUCGCAUCGUUUUUCGUUUUAGUUUUCUGACGUCGAAACAUUCGUAUUUUGCGCUCAAUAAUUGCACAAUUUAGUGUGAAGUAUGUUGACAUCGAUGUGCUAAAAGUGUAUGCGGUGAAAUUCUAUGAUUGGAGGAUUUAUUUCGCAGAAAACUGCAUUUAUAGUGACUGCUGCGUCGGGGAUUUUGAAUAACCUCACAUUUGGCUUGCUCCUUGCAUCUCAUCUUACGGUUUAGUUGUACCCAGUGUGUAGCGAUUUUCAGUGUAUGUGCUUCAAGUUUGAAAGCAGUCUUUCAUUCGCAAAUCGAGCGCGAGAGAAGUAAAACAUACGCGCAAAAGAAAUAAAUGCUGCAUAAACAAGAGAGUGAAUUAUGACAGCAACUUGACAGCGUUAAUGUUUUCUAGGUUUAAAUUUAAGCGAACAUUACGACAAAGUAGUCCCACAAUUGAAAGGAAUUCCGAAUACGGAGUAAAUCUCCCGUUCAGCUCUACGGUAUCGUGAUUCCCAAGUGCAGUGCUCGUAAGUGUAUCUAGUGUUGUGUUAGUUCAUCUCCCGGUAUUGACAGUGUAUUAGUGCAGGAAUGGCCCAGCAACCAAAGCUGCACCGACGGGAUUUGCAGCUACCAUUCGCAACUGGUGGAACAACGGGAAUUACCUCGGUCACCGUAGCAGGAGAAACUGGAGUCAAUCAGUUAAGCCAUAGUGAAAAGCGCAAACAUCGCAUGUUAGAGUGUGAUAGUGAUGAAGACGAUUUUGCUGGAUUCGAUGAGGACGCCGCCAACAGCGAGAACGGAGUUUUGAGUUCACCUAGAUCGUCAAUUACGAGUUCCGCUUUCGCAAACACACAAAAAGUGCGAGAACUUGACACAAACAUUUGGUCAUCUACUGGAGCAUAUGCGACCAAGUUAGCUAGGAAAGAGGAAUCCCUAACAGGAGCUGCUGACGAACAGGAGGAAAUGGAAUCUUUGGUUGGCAUGGGACUAACUUCAGGAGGCCCAUUUGAUACUAACAGCAAGGGUGCUGCAAUGACGAUGAUGCUGGCAAAACGAAAAGUGAUCGCACCCGUCAAUUCCCUCGAUGAAGCUUUCAGGGUACCAUUCAAAUAUGGAUGGAAAAGGGAAUUGGUGUACCGUGCCAACUUGGACGGUAAUAGUAAAGAUAAAGGUGAAGUAUAUUACAUUACACCGGCUGGUAAAAAACUGCGAACUCGCAACGAUAUUGUUAUGGCCCUGCACGAUGGGUUAACUAUGGACAAUUUUACUUUCAUAAAAGAUCCCGUUGGCGGUUUACCCGAUGAAGAAAUUAUUAGAAGCGCCAAGUCGUAUGGAACAGCACCCAGGCGGUCACUGAAUUCAGCACCUGUUGCAGAACCGCCCAACGACAACAAUCUUGGCAAACGUAUUCCAAAACCGAAAAUGCCCAAAGGAGCAAGCCCGCCUCCGUCCGUAUCUUUAUCGCGUGCUUCUGGGGGUUUCCCACGUACACCUCCUGUAUCUCGUUCAAAUUCGCAAACUUCUCCAAAAUCUGGAGGAACAGUGACUUCUUCUCGUGGUCCUGUCCUGGUUGCGGCUGGAUUGAAACCGAAUGAAAAUGCUUUCGGUUCGACGAAACCUGGAAAAGCCAAGAAUAAAGUGGAAACGUGUACUAUCCAGUGUCUCCCGGCGAUGGGAAUGAUUCCCCAGCUGCAAUGCAUCUCAUGUCUCUGCAUGUAUCAUCCGGAGUGCGUUGAAGCCACCACAGCCGAGAUUCUGGUUCGUCGUUUUACGUGCAAGAUAUGCUCAGAAGAACAGUCAGCGGUUUCGGAGGUUGAAGGUGUCCCACCGCUUGCCAAGUGUUCAAUUAAUUCAACAACUCCAGCCAUGCCCUUGAAUACACAAUCGAUGAACAAUGGAACUCCAACAGUUCCUCUCAUGGAGAAGCAAAAGAAACCUACGCCACCUCAGCAGCCACCUAAAGUUGGUCCAGGGACACCGAAAGGUGGCGGAAAAGAACCUCCCCCACAGGAUGUAAUAGUAGUGGGCAAUCAUCAGUUCAUUGUAGUUCCGAAGGGGAAACCCUCCACUGCAAAGAGUAAGAAAAACUCGAAACUUUCUCAGUCACAACUGCCCCAACCAACUUCACAGCCAGCAGCGUCAGAUGAUCUACGGAAAUCGCUUGGCAGCACGAAACCAGCAACCAACCACAGCAAUAACCGUAACUUCAUCGCUGCUGAUUUGGCAGCAAUACGAAACGAAACAAUAAAUCCACGAAGUUCUUCCCUUGCUGCCGGAAUUGAACAGAACCGACUGUUUGCAUCAAAUUUCUUUUCCAACGUGUCGAUCGGUUACGACGUACUACAGCAGACCUUCCAGUACCUUAAAGUACAGGAACUUCUGCGAGCCAGCUGUGUGUGUCGAAUGUGGAACCAAGUAGCGAAUCAUCCCCGGCUGUGGAGAACUGUACGUAUGAAGAAUUCACACGUUAAUGAUUGGACUGGGCUGGCGCACACCCUCCGGAAUAAUGGUACUAAACAUUUGGAUUUGCGAAAAAUGCUGAUCUCUGGCAAUAGUGACGAGAUGUGGAAGAGUUUUGCAGAAAAUAUUUCUCACGUUGAGCAUCUGGAAAGAAUCGAUCUCUGUCGGUGUUCGUCAUAUGUGGUUGGUAAUCUUCUGAAGUCAAAUCCGAAUCUUAAAGUGAUCAAUGCACUGGCAAUUAAAAAUGACCCUAUGGAUUUCUCCAAUUUCGAACACGGACGAUACCUUCAGGAACUGAGACUUAAAUCUUCUGCAGCUGUGUCAGUGAAUAGUGACCUUUCACAGCUCGGUUUCUUGACUAAUCUACGGCAUCUCUCACUGACAUCUAUCCAAAAGUUGGGAUCAUCCUCGAUAGAUGCUUUGGGCGAUUUGAUGAAUUUGGAGUCACUUGAACUGGGUGAAUGUACAGAAAUCGGUCAGAACAUUGCCGACAUUUUACCUAGGCUAUCAAAAUUGCAGCGGUUACGUUUGGAGAAAGGUCAAGAAAACUUUCACAUGUUUACUGUGCUUGAUGGUAUUGCGAAAGUUCCCAGCCUGACUCAACUGGAGUUGAUAAACUGUGAUGUCAAAGUUGGUUUUGACAAGCACAUUAACAAAUGUAGUAACAUUCUAAAACUGCUUUUGAUUCCAACUUACGUUUCGCAAUCUGCGGCUACAAAUCACAUGGUGCUGAGUGGAGUGUCCAAAUUGAAGGACACUCUUGAAACCUUUAUUUGGACGGUAACGGUAGAACUGCUACGAGUUACCGAACUCUAUAUAGAUCAGUGCGAUACGAAGAAUCGUGACCAGAAAAAUAGCCCUGGUGAAAGCAUACCAAUCUUGAAGCCAGUACCUGGUGUAGACGAAAUUCCCAUUGCAAACAGUUCUAAUCCGCCCGAUACACCAGCUCAGGUCGAAAUCGUUCCCCUCACAACCGUCAACAACAUUCUCGAUCGGUCACUCCCCAAAACAAAACUGAAAGUUUUAAAAAUCCCCUUCACCAGCACCUGGAAACAAGGAAUGAUCGACCUACCUUAAACUCGAUGGUUGACAUACGUCAACCCAGUAGAGCAAUGGAAACAAAACAAAUCAGAAUUCGCAUCGUUUUAAUACUGACAUCUAGUGAUAGUUAUUCACAUUUUUUUCUAUGUGUACUGCAGCGUAGUUCCAUUUAGGUGUAAGACACAUACCGGAAAGUUAUUUUAAGGAUGGGAAGCAAUGCUGCCCAGGCUGUACAUAGAAAUUCAUUGUCACUGCAAAUCCGUGUCGAACGAACGCUUGUAUUGUUUUUCGAUUGGAGAUCUCCUGCCCUCUGUUUUAUAGGAAUGUUAUUCUUGAAAUUGCGUCUAGAUGGAGCCGUUAUGGUUGAAGCUUCGGACACUAGAAGUGGUGAUUGGAUUGGCAAUUUGUGGUAUCUAAGCAAAAAACGCUGUUACGGAAAUAUUUAAACAAAUUACGUUUUUCCUUUCAGUUGCAUAAAAUACACUUGUCGAUGACGGAUUUCAUGCAAUGCUGUAUAAAUUUUUGCUAAUAACAUGAAACAUUGUUUCCUUUAUCUCAUCACGCGUAAUUGUUUUCACGUAGACUUCAAUUAAGAAUGUAGAUUAUGAAGCAUAGAAUAUAUACAUAAAAGAACAUGAAA